UAUGCGUGCUAAUGACUCGUAGUGGUUUGGCCCUCAUCAUUGCUGUCGCCUUCGUCGUUGUUUCUGGCUCCACCGGUGCUGCUACUCCUGCUCGCUCGCUCGUCCCCUUGUUCAUUGUAGCCUGAGUAAGCCAAACUGUCGUCGCCUGUUGUUUGAAAAAGUCUUCUGUUCGCCGUCUGUUUAGCUGGCUGGCUGCCGCUGCUGCUGACUGUUCUAUUGGUUGUUGUGGGCUGGCGGCUGGUUGGAGCUGGUUGGUUCGUUCUUUGUUGGACGACUCACGGACUGGCCGCUCGAUUAUAGUUAGAGUUGCCACCGGCUGGUUCAUUGGGACUACACGUUGUGUUCGUUUGUUUUUUGGCUGAGGGCCCAGUAUCUGCCAACAGUGUCAGGAAGACACACAGCACGAAGGCUCGUUGUUGGCCCAAUCGUUACAGUGCAUACUGACGACGAAGUCGUCGUCGUCGUCGCUAUCGUCGUUGUCAUCGUUGUGUGAUCGUUCGUCGUUAUCGUCUGCCUGCCUGCCUGCCUGUGUAUUUGUGUUGGCUGAUCCUGCCUGGUUACUACCUUUUAGUCAGUAGUCCUGUGUACGCAUAUGAAGACUGAACACGAGCAUAAACCAAAGUCAAUGCUACUGCCCCCCAUAGGCGGCAGCAACGGCGGUGGGGUAUGGUCGUUCGUUUGAUCGUAUUCAGUAUAUAUCUCUCGCUUGGCUGUGUUCUCUGGUUCAACUGAGACGGCCAGGUAGCUGGAGAACUCUCUCUCUCUCUCUGAUUGAGUGACUGACUGACUGACUGACCAGCAGGAAACAAGGAAGAAGGAAAGAUAGAAACAAAAAUAUCUGCUGGUUAGGCUGUUGUAAUUCUGACAGGCUAGCUGUUGUCUUAGUGUGACUGACCCUUCCUAUCCGUUCGUUGCUUGGUAAAUGCGCUGCUGAUCGUCGUCGUCGUCGUCAUCGUUUGUAUUGCCGGAUCGUGCUGGUGAUCGUGGCUGUUCCGCUGUAGUAUCUCCUGCUACGCCCACUGGGGGGCCUCGCCAUCGGGCCGAUUUCUCUUGUCGUUAACUCGGGCUGGCGUUGCAGCAGAUUUUUCAACAAAACGCGGCCUCCACCCAACGGCAGUCAUUUCGGAACCAAAGGGUUUUCUCCAGCACCUCAAGAAGGUCAUGGAUUCGCCUCGGUCGGCGAAAAAGGCCAAGCUGGCCUUUGGCCACGGAGACUCGGCCUCUCUGCCGCGCACUGCCCGAAAAGAGAUGUGCUUUUAUUGUUUCGAUGUGCUUGUCUCCCAUCUUAAUCGGCAGGAGUUGCCGCCGGAGCCUCACUUUACGAAUGAAAGCUAUCCGCUCUUCGUCACAUGGCAGCUGGGUCGCGAACGCCGGCUUCGCGGCUGUAUCGGCACUUUCACGCCACUAAAGCUUCAUGGUGGUCUACGGGAGUACGCACUAACGAGUGCUCUCAAGGAUUCCCGAUUUGAGCCAAUUACAAGAGACGAACUGUCACGACUAACCUGUGCAGUAUCGUUACUUACUAACUUUGAAGAUGGACACGACUAUCUCGAUUGGGAGAUUGGAGUUCAUGGCAUUAGAAUAGAAUUCGAGACGGAAAAAGGCCACCAUCGUAGUGCAACUUAUCUGCCAGAAAUAGCAAAGGAGCAGAACUGGGACCGACUUCAAACCGUCGAUUCACUUUUACGUAAAGGUGGUUUCCGGGGUAACAUAACAGCGGACGUUCGUCGUUCGAUUAAGCUUGUACGCUACCAGUCGGAGAAGGUAUACGCCUCGUGGCAAGAAUACCGCGAGCACAUAGAGACGAUGCACUGCGGCUAGAAGAUGUCACUCCAGACGCUCACUGUGAUAACAACAACAACAACACCACUAUUACUAGUAUGACGACAACAACAACUAACCCGACGGAGUUUAACUGCAACGCCGAUCGCAUCAUUAAAUAUAAUCCUUCAUUGUUAUUAUUACCAUUAUGAUAAUUAUUAUUAUCAUAAUUAUUAAAGUACUAUUAUUAUUAUUAUUAUCCAAAUGAACUCUCAUUACAAAUAGAAGAUGUUCGACAUCAGGAGAGUCCCAAGAAGAACAAGCAAAUAAAAGUGCAAGCCUGAUUCCAAUAGUUUGGCACAUUGAAAUUCUUUACAUUUUGGGGCACUAUGGUAAUCAGAUGCGUAUGGCAUUACUGAAAAUAUCGAAUGAUGUUUUAAUAUGUUUUUACGGGGACAUCAAUAGUAGAGAAUGAUAACAUAACCAUGUGCCACAUUAAUCGAAACGUAGGCUAAUAGGUUUUACGGAGCUUCUUAUUACAUCACAAUAAUGAUGCCUUAUACUUUAAUUCAUAUUCGUACUAGGUUAUGUGAAAAUUUUUCUAUUGUGACUUUGUAAUAGUCGAAAAAGAGUAAUAAUGCUAAUGAUGUUGAUAUGGAACUGCCGGCGGUCAUCUCUGUUGAACUGCACUGCCAUAAAUGCUGUUGUACGAAGACAACAACAACAACAACAACAAAAAGAACUGACACUGACAGAAUUAGAAUUACAUUUAUUUUAAACCCGCUAAAUUUUCAUAAUAGGUCAAUAAGGUAUAAAGUAUAUAUAACUGGGAAGUGCAAGAAUACAAGGCAAAAUACUACGAUAUGUCAUGGGGUAGACUAAUGAUUGCCACGAUGACGCCUGAAUGAAGCUGCAAAAACAUUUAGCAAAAGAGAUACGUCAUCUUUUUUGAGCUAAACUUAUAAAUAUCGCACUAGGUGCAGUGUGAGUAAGCAUGACGCAUAAUUGUAUUUAUGAAAUUGGCGCCUGCCUGCAGAUUGGAAAGUGUUUGUUCUAACGAGCAGAAAUAGCCUUUCUACUUCAUAUUAUUCGUCCUUGCCGAUCGAUACACAAAGUUUUCAAAGCAACGUGCAUCAUACCACCAUUAUAUAAAAAUUUGGAUAUCGUAUAAUAUGCAAUUUGUGAGUGGAAAUCAAUACUGUUAGAUAUCUUGUCAUUACAUUGAUGGCUAUACAUACUAAAUACAACCAUUAAACCAUAUAAAAAAGGAAGUGCAAAUUUGUGAAUGUAUUUUAACAUAUUUUUCGACUUGUUCUAUUUCUUUUCAAAAUCUUAGAUUAAAUGAACUGUUUGAGAGAAAUCCGCACGAGCUUCAAAACAGUUAUCAGCGAUCCUUGGAUAAGCUAUACAUAUACUUUAUAUGGAGGCUUCAGAUUUCUUAGCAUAAGCUUCCGUUAACGUUUUAAGGUAAGCCUUCCGUCUUCUCUAAUAGUGACCCGCAGAGGGCCCUUAACUGGCAAGGCUUUUUGUUUAUUAUUAUACAGGAUUUAUUAUCGAUACCUAUAAAGAAAUUGGCAAAGCAGCAGUAAGCAUAAGUACUGCAGUUGUAGUUAUAUACAUCUGUUAUUAAUUGUUAGCUCGUCAUGUGCAUAUCAAUGCGUUACAGUAUCGCAAAAAGAGUUUGACUAAUUACUUGUUUAAGCGAAACAUUGUCUGAAAGUUUAAAGUUGCUAUCUAUAGGUGAAUGACAGGCAGACUUCGUUGUUCCAUAUAUCUCUAUGAAAAAAACUGAGCUGAACGAAAGACAAAUGAUUGAUUGGUAAUAUUCAAUUGUCAUUGCGAUGAACGGACAGAAAAAAACAAGUGCGGGGUAGAGGAAAAGUGAAGGUAAGGAAACUUACGGGUACGGUUAAUAAAAUUAAACAACGUUUUACAUGGAGGCUAGACAACGGAGAAGUGAUGUCGAACGAAUAAAUAGGAAAACAUGCCCAGUGUGAUGAAGUCUGAAGUAGUGAAGAGAGCGACCGUAAUAAUAGUGAAGGGCAGAUAAUUAUAGUGGAUAGUAACGCGUGCUAGUGACAUUGAGAGGCAUCAUGAAAGAGCAAUUUAAUUGAUUUUAUAAGUAUUAUUAUUAUUAUUAUUAUCAUGUUACUCUUUGUUUGAACUAGGGCGAAUAUGCAUGAAGCACGUAAAAGAAUGAAACAAAAGAGAUUCACAUAUCUGUUGCGUGUAUUUCCCUGUAAAGGUGUCGAAUGAAAGUUGAUUGACUAUUUCGAUUAUUGUUAUUUCCGUCAUAGCAAUAGGCUUAUUGUAUGCGCCUUGUAAUUAGCUUCUCCCUAACGUACACUUGAGCCUGUAACAUGACUAUAGAUGAUCUAUACCAGCAGCAAAAAGCAACAGCAUUCAGUACUGCCGGCUUCUGAAAUUCAUUAUCGAGAAUUAGUCGAAUAGAACUUUAUAUUUCCGAGCCCCGAGCUACAACAAUUUAUCUCACUUCCGUAGUGGUUUGCCAUUUAAAAACAUCAACACACUAAGCUUAAGAUUACCUUUUUGAUCAGUAUCGAACACAGCUAACCUAACUACUGCUACGCCACACGUAAUUUUACCAAGUAUGUUAUUGAAAUUUCACAAACUGAGGAAGAGCGAACGAACGGAACAAGUUACGAGUCACGAGCAGGACCACCGAAAUACGCCAAAUAAUUAAGUACAUAUGUAUGGCUGGAUAAAAUUAAGCGCCGUGUUGAAGUGUUAGCACUAAAAUAUGCGCGUCCAAUGAGAUGUAUUUGAGGGCAGGCUGCAGUGCUCUGUAAUAUCUGUAUCAAGAGCAACUAUAUGAAGUCAUUUUAGAAAAAGAACCCGCAUAUUAAUGGUAACCUUUGUAGUGAAAGACAGUCGGUCUAUCGUAUAAUGCUGUAAUUGAAAUUUGGUCGUUCCCAAAUGGAACCAUACGAUAAGGCAUGUCCCUUAUAACGUUGGCUAGAUGGAACAGGUCUAGUGAACUGCUUUCUACAAGCUGUGAUGUAUUGCAAAUUAUCCAUUGGCGUAUAUAGCAACUUAACUCACAUAUAUUGCCAUGGCUAGUUGCUGUGAAAUAUAAUUGAUACUUCCGUUAUAAGGCAAUUCUGUACUACUUUUUGCAUUUCUCUUGUCGGUGCUAUAAAUAUCAGUCUUUCCCAUCGGUCUUUUCUUAAUCACGAGAUUUUCCCUAAAUUGUACAUGAAAGAAUUUUAGUUGUUAUUAGUAAUUGAUAUUAAUGAUAAUAUUAAAGAUUAAUAAGUUAAAUGAAAUUCAUAUUGAGUAGGCGUGGGGCGCCCAAUCGAAAAGAAAGCAUGGCUUUCUUGAUUAAUCAAAGGUUUUUGUCUCUCUAGGCGGUAUGCUUAUCUGGACAUCUUUAUACAUGGCAGUUCGAUGAAGGUGUUGUUUACUUUUUACUAAAACCUCUCCAUUGCUUUAGCCGAUUACAUCUUUAUAGUGUAGAAUAUGUACACACAAAUGACUUGAGGGGGGCUUCGCACGAGUUGUUGGUAGCCCCGCGAGAUUAAAUUUACUAACAUCUUGUCGUUCGUCACUUGGGUUUAUUCGUGGUAUUUGUUAGCCCAGAUGCUUCUGCUAUUAACGGUGUGGUAUUGCGAUCACUAUGAUGACUAAUUAUUUUUAUUUUCAUUAUAAAUAUAUAGUAAAAUAAAAGUGCCAUCGAUUUUCGAUGGUGAUCAAACAGUAAACGAUGCUAAAGAUAAAUAAUAUUAAUGCGAAUGAAGUUGUCGAGUGUAGAAGCGCAAGGUUGCAGUCGUUGAUUCUUGUAGGACGGUGAUAAGCAUCAUCGUAAAAUAGCGUCAUCUAGUCAUACAAGGGCAAAACAAUCGAUGAGCCUUACAUCGGCGGGCCUGAUUAGGCCAGUGAUGAUCACCCAGCUUGUACUAACGAACGGUAUAGGAGUACGUGCUGGUGGGUUUGUAGCGUUCGCAAUCGCCAGUUUUGACCUCUAUUUAAGACGAUGGUGAUCAAUGGCGAAAUCAGAAAAGUAUUCAGCCAACAGAUAAAAAAGCAAACAAAUCUGAUUCAUUCACCGAUUGUGCUGAACUGCUAAUAAUUCAUCGCCUCCAGAUCAAUCAGUACAGCUGUUGAAUACAUCUACUAUAACAGUUGUCAUAUCUAACGGGCCCAAAACCAGGGGCAAAAUAGUGUACUUAUGCAUAACAUAAUAAUUUCUGGAAAUACCUACCUUUUGUUCCUAAAUAAAUACCAACAGAUGAUACCUAUGACUACGUACAAGAUAAGAAAUCUAGUUCCCCCGAACUACUUUUUCGCAGUACGAGUAUGAAGAGUUGAAUAGUUUUCAAGAUUAAAAAAUCAUGGCCCUUUUUGCCACUGGUGCUUAUUCUUUAACAUGUUACUUCUACUACAUGUCGUUAUGUCAAUGUUGCAUCUGGGUAAAAGGUGUGUUUGUCAAUGGCAUUUUGUUCGCUGGAUAAAGAUAUACCGGUAAACAAAAUGCUGACGUUUAUGAAUUAAACAAUACAUAUUAACUUGUCUUGAUUCAUAUGGUACCAAUACGAAAUAUUAUAGAUAAAUAAACAAGAGUCUGGGAGUAGGCGAAAGAAAACAAUGUUUGAUCUCUAUGAGCCGGAUCCCUCGUUUCACUCAUUAGCACUGAGCAUUGAAGUUCUUCCCGGGCAGAAAGCAGAGGAUUUUAAUAAAGAAUCUUGGAUAUCAUGAAACGAAAGUUGUACCGUUAUGCGAGACAGGCGAGGCUGAUUGCGGGAUCUAUUAAAAAAACGUGAUACUACUGAACAUGGAAGACCUGGAAAGGAUAAUGUUUUGCUAGUUGGAGGUGACUGCUAACCAUACCUUCUGGUUAGGUGUUGUUUCACAGAAAUGUAAUUCUUAUUGAAUGGGUGGACCCAUUCCCGCUGAUAUAAAACUGAAAGAUUGAGAAAAAGCGAAGUGAAAUGAGGUAAACGUACGAUGAGUAUGGCAUUAUGAUGCUAAUAGUGAUGGUGUCUGACUGAUGACGUGAUGAUCAACAACAACAACAACAAGUAAUUUUGAAACGUACAUUAUGAUAAUGAUAUAAAUGGUUGAUACUGCUAAUGAUGCUUGUUAUGGUAUGAAGUGAUAAAGUAAACGAUGGGUACAAGUACCGACUAACUCAUCUUCUUCUAUUAUUACAUUUAAUAACACCUAUAAUAGGCAUAAUUUAUAUGUUAAAUGGCAUAAAGCAGGGAAAGAAGCCAUUGUUUUCUUUGAAGGUGUUGAAUAAAUUGUAUUGACAAUAUUACUUAACUGCUAUAACUGUAUAAAUGAUUCUUCAGAUCAACAGCUAUCACGUACGUUGAUAACAUUCUUAUCCAUAAUUAUAAUAUUAGCUAUCAUAUGAUCAUACGAUUAGGCUCAAUAUUAAUUGGCUGGCCUCGAACUGAAACUAAAAGUGCGUGGUGGGUAAUACCAGCUUACUUAUGCUCUCAACUACAACGUACUCGAUGUGGCGAUCAAUUUUCGGGGUAAUUCUGUCUGUCGUUGCAACGUUCUCCGUCCAGUACCGAAGUAGACACAGAGGAAAGCAAUGUGCUUAUGACAAAAGGCUCUGAGGAAUAAGCGCUAAAUGUGUGCUUACGCUCGUCGAAAUGCGUGUUUUCUUCCAAAGCUGAUUCUUGAUUAUGUUCAUUUAAAUGUUGAUUUCAGCAAGUCAGCAGCAAUAAACAGCUGGUAAGAAGUAUGAAAAACGAAAAGUUGCAUAUUGACAACUAGAAGAUUAUAAUGGUGGUGGCGAUGAUGAUAUUACAAUUGCUAUUGAUUAUUAUUGUUAACAAUAUUAGUAUAUUGUAAUAAUUAAUUUGAAAAAAUCUAGUUAACGAACAACAAUUGUGAAGUCUGAAGGUAUUGCAUGCAAGGUGGCAAUAAGUGAUGGAUAUAUAUAUAUGUGUAUAUAUAUAUAUAUAUAUAAUAAAAAUAACAAAUCGAGGAAGUCA